AUGUCCGGCCCCGAAAAACACGUGAGCAAGCGGGCAUGUCUUAAGUCGAAGCGUUCUCGUUUCAUCUUAGCAAUUGCAGUCCUUAUUGUGAUUAUUGUUGCUGUUGUUCCCUCAGUUGUGGUCACUACUACCCGCAAAAAAGAUAACAUGGGUCCGAAAUCGAAGGUGUUCGUUCCACUCUAUGUGUACCCUGCUCCUAAGGCUUGGGCUCCGCUGGAAAAAGUGAUAUCUGCACACCCAAAUGUCAACUUUACCGUCGUAAUCAAUCCAGGGAAUGGCCCAGGGCCUGACUCCCUGCCGGAUGGCAAUUACACCCGUGAAAUCCCCAAGCUCACUGCUUAUGAAAACGUGCGUGUUUUGGGGUAUGUGUAUACCUCAUACGGAAAGCGCGAUGUUUCGGCUGUUCGCAAGGAUAUUCAAACAUACGCCGACUGGCCGACUAAUUCCUCGAACCCCAAUCUGGCGGUUCGCGGAAUCUUUUUCGAUGAAACUCCUCAGCAAUACGAUCCUCAGGUCUUGACCUAUCUGCAAGGGUUGACGGACUUUGUUAAGGACAUUGAGGGUCUUGGUCCUGAUCAAUUUGUUGUCCAUAAUCCGGGCGCUGUCCCUGAUUCUAGAUAUCUGGCAACUGCUGAUUCAACUGUUGUGUUCGAGGCCGCCUAUACCACUUUCCAGGAACGGCAAGGCGCUCAGCUGUUUACCAAUAUCGCAAAUAGUGAUCGUACCCAACUAUGCGCCAUUGUUCACUCUGUACCUGAUACUGUGGAGGGCAAGGAACUUCGCGGCCUGAUCAAGGAUGUGCGCCAGGUUGCGGAUGAAGUGUACAUCACCCAUCUCAGCACAGACUAUUAUGCCUCCUUUGGGGACAAGUGGGACGAGUUCGUUGGUCUGAUGGCAGCCUAG